CUGUGCGCUAGGCUCGUGGGUCUGCGGCCGCAGCGCUUGGCACCGGAGCUCGAGGGGCGGGGGUUGGGGGCGGGCCGGCUGCCGCCAUGGCCGGGAGUCAGGACAUGUUCGACGCCGUCGUGAUGGCGGAUGAUAGGUUUCACGGGGAAGGUUAUCAGGAAGGCUACGAAGAAGGAAGUAGUUUGGGUAUGAUUGAAGGAAGACGGCAUGGCACGUUACAUGGAGCUAAAAUCGGAUCUGAGAUCGGGUGCUACCAAGGUUUUGCUCUUGCCUGGAGAUGUCUCCUGCACGGCUGCACCACUGAGAAAGACAGCAAAAAGAUGAAGGUCUUAGAAUCGCUGCUUGGAAUGAUUCAGAAAUUCCCUUAUGAUGACCCUACUUAUGAUAAACUUCAUGAAGACCUAGAUAGAAUUAGAGGGAAAUUUAAGCAGCUUUGUUCAUUACUAAACGUCCAGCCCAACUUUAAAAUUAGUGCAGAAGGUUCCGGACUUUCAUUUUGAGGAUGACAGAUGCACAAAGACGAAACAUCAGGGAACAGAUGUUCGUAUGUUAAGUGUUUAAAAAUGUGAUUAAAGGCAAAACAAUGAUGGGGGAUUCAUUGUUUUGCAGGGAGGGUUCCAGCUUGGCCGCUGAAAAGGCUUCCUUCCCCCGAGGUCUGCCGGGUGGCCUCCGUUCCCCCCACGGGGCCCCUCCACAUAGGCCCGUCCUUUGUUGGGCCCUGUCUGCUCUGCAGCGUGAACGCAGCCCUGGCAGAGCCCUAACCGGGCUGCUCUUCUCUGGUCCAGCCAGGGUCCAGGCCCCUGGCUCACAGGUUCUCGUCACCUGGCAGGCCUGGCUGGAUCUAGACUUGGGUUGGCUCUGGAUAGGAUAAACCUCCCCUUUACUCCCCGGGCUUUGGUCAGCGCUCAGAGGGACAGUUUUUAAAAAAAUGAGAGCCACAGGGUUGACAUGAAGCAGGUUAAUGGGAAGGAGUGAUGGGUACUGGGACAUUUAUUGACCCCUGAGAUGGGCCAGUGCUGUGACCUGCUUCUCAUGUUUUAUUUAGUCCCUUCAGGAGCCCAUGAGGCAGGCGUUAUUCCCAUUUUAUAGACUAGGAAACAGGCCCAAGAGACUGCCUGGUCCAAGGGCAGUGGGCGGCAGAGCUGGGACUUCAGCCCUGUCUCCUGGUGCCCGCUCUGGAAUGCACAGUCGCACCCACAGUCUCGGGGGUCCCUGCCCGCAGGUCCCCGCUGUGCCCCGUGGAGCCCUGGGGCUUCUCAUGUGGCCAUGGACGUGGGCGUCUGGCUGAGAGGAGCAGAGGCCAGCCCUGUCCCCAGGAAGCUGGGACGUGCUCUUCCUGUGUCCCCGGGUGGGUGGGGCUCUGCAGCCUCAAAAAUAGUCAAGGGGAGGAGCCUUUAAGGCCACCGUUCUGUGUGCAGAAACUUUGGAGCCUUACUGCAGCCUUCCUUCUAGUGUGAGUUCUUCUGUUUUCUGCCCGGACUUAAAAGGCACCAUCUGUACGCGGUGCACGGCCUCAGGUGCAUCUCGGUCACAGACACCAGCAGCGCGUAUCUCGGGCUGGUGGGAUGGAGGGGCUUUUGUUGUCGUUUUUCUGGGUGGAUUUUUUUUUUUUUGCGGUACGCGGGCCUCUCACGCUGUGACCUCUCCCGUCGCGGAGCACAGGCUCCGGACACGCAGGCUCAGCAGCCAUGGCUCGCGGGCCCAGCCGCUCCGCGGCACGUGGGAUCUUCCCAGACCAGGGCACGAACCCGCGUCCCCUGCAUUGGCAGGCAGACUCCCAACCACUGCACCACCAGGGAAGCCCUGGGACCAUUUUUGAUGCGACAUCUAGCGAAUUCAUUCCUUUCUCCGUGAUAUCUGGGGUUGAGGUACCAGGGUCGCACCGAACAGCCUUCUGUUGUGUUUGUGUCUGCAUGUUUCAUUAACACGCAUGGAGGCAGCUACCACGACAGGACGGCGCCCCGUGAUGUUCAGGAAAGGGUCGGGUCCUGCUGCCCCUGGCCAGCCACCGCGUGCAUUUAUCACUGACCUCUCCUGCCCCAAACCUCACUCCCCCCGACCCCUUCCAUCUCUCUCCACUCAGCCUCUCCCAUGCCAGGUGUCAGCCAGAGCAGCCGGCAGCCACUUCCUUUCCCCCGUCCCGCGGGGCCGAGCUGCCUCAUCCGUCAUCUUCAGGGGCCCUGGACACCGGACUUGACCUGUGCCAGCCUGGCUCCUUCUUGGAGGAUGAGACCCAGUUUCCAGGACCCCUUGGUCACCCAAAGACAGGUGUUCUGGAUUACAGUACAGACAGAGCCCCUGUUCGCGCCACAACCACUCUGUUCCUGUGACGCCACCUCCAGCGAUGGGGCCCGGGAGCUUGCUCUUCUGGCUGAUGAGACGGUGGAGGACACCCAAGGGCUUCUGGGAAAGGUCACAUCACUCUUGAGAGAGAUGGUAUCUCUUUUGGAAGUUGUCCUGUGGGGAUGCGACACCUGGAAUUAUGACAGGCAGCUUGCAAGCAGCUGUGGAUGAAGCCAGCCCCGGGCAUGGCAGAGCCCAGCCAGCGAGGACCCAGCCCGAGGACACUGCCGAGCAGCUGUGCUGACUGACCCCGAGAGGCGCUGUGCUUGCCAGCCUCGGGUAUAGGAGCUGAUGAAUGCCCUAGUUCAAGGCCACUUCGGUAGGGCUUCCAUUGUUUGCAGGCAAAGGUAUCCUGCUUGCCCUGUCCCCCAGCCCAGCCCAUCCCAUCCCUUCCUGUCCACCUACACCUGGUCCUGGUGGAUAUUAACCUUGUUGGAUCUCCCCCUUUCCGGGGCUCGUAGAUUUCCCACCGCUCUGGCCUGCUUGCUCUUCCCUGUCGGAAACUCCCAGCAUACUUUGUGCCACAUUAUUAGUCAGCUGGGGCUGCCAUAGCGAAUGCCGCACAGUGGGUGCCUUAAACAACAGGCAUUCACUGUCUCCCAGUCCUGGAGGCUGGAAUCUGAGAUCCCGGUGUGGGCAGGGCCGGUUCCUCCUGAGGCCUCUCCUUGAUGUGUAGACGGCUAUCUUCUCCCUGUGUCCUCACACAGUCGUCCCUGUGUGUGUGUUGGUGUUGCUUUAAGGACUCCAGCCCUGUUGGAUUGGGGCCCACCUUGAUGACCUCCUUAAAGGCCCCAUCUCCAAAUAUAGUCACAUUCUAGGUUCUGAGGGGCAAGACUCCAACAUGAAUUUUUGUGGGGACAUAAUUCAGCCAUAGGGUGAAUACAGGGUGGCCUGUAAUAGCCACCCUGUCUGGCUGCCUGGACAGACUUAACUUGGGAGAGAAGAAGACCAUUUCACUUAAAAGUUGAAGUUACUUUGGGACUUCCCUCGUGGCGCAGUGGUUAAGAAUCUGCCUGCCAAUGCAGGGGACACGGGUUCCAGCCCUGGUCUGGGAAGAUCCCACAUGCCGCGGAGCAACGAAGCCGUGCGCCACAACUACUGAAGCCCGUGCACCUAGAGCCCGUGCUCCGCAACAAGAGAAGCCACCGCAAAGAGAAGCCUGUGCACCGCAACGAAGACCCAACGCAGCCAAAAAUAAAUAGGUAAAUAAAUAAAUUUUAUUUAAAAAAAAA